AUGCCUCCGAAUCACCAGAUAAAGCACGAUAAAGAAAAGGAAAGCCGCUUGAGUGCCGUCAUGUCUCCGGAUCCCCCGAAUGGAGUCGAAGGGCUUAAACCGGUAUCCCACUCUCUACAACGUCCGCGACACCAAAUCACCCGCUCCAUCAGCGAAUUGCCGUCUUCGCUCCAUCUGCAUCGCCAUCGUUCAUACCGCGACCGCCUCGGGAAGGAGAAAGAGAAGGACAAGGAAAAGCACAAGGACAAGGAAAAACACAGGGAGAAACACAAGGAGAAGCACAAGGACAAGGAGCGAGAAAAGGGGAAGGACCGCGAUGGAUUGAAUCUGGAUAUACAGAGUGCAAAUCCUUUACUACAAUCCACCGCUCGAGGCCGCUUCUCCUUCGAAGGCUUCGGCAUGUCGACGCCGAACAACCUGACUCCUAACGCGAGCAGAAGAGCCAGCAUUCUCAAUGCGAGCCCGUCCGCCGACGACAGCGUCCCUUCGGUAGCUACAGCAGCACUCGCGAACAAUACACCAGGAGGCAAGGUCCUGUUGAAGGAAGAUGAAAUCGCAAAGGAGCGCCAAAAGGCCAUUGCACGGGAAAAUGGCCUGAAAAAGACCCUUGAGGAUCUCGACCAAUUCUCUACCAACACGACCCGCCAACUCGACGAUACAUACUACUCUGUGCUCGAGAAACUCUGCGUUCUCCAAAGCACCAUCCUCGCGCUUAAGGAGGUAGCUGUCGCCUCCCAGGACAUGACCUCACAAUUCACCACGGAAGCGGACGAGCUCGUGAGCGACGUCAGCUCCCAGCUCGACACCUUCGGCCAGUUUGAGGACCACCAGAAGCGUAUUGAGCAACUGCAGGACCGCGUCUACGUCGGCCGCGACCGGAUCAAGUCCCUUAGCGAGCGGGUUGAUCUGGUCCGCGAGCGGAUCGAAAGCUGGGAGCGCGCCGACCAUGAGUGGCAGGAGCGCACCCGCAGACGGCUCAAGGCGUUCUGGGUGCUGACUUCGGGUGUCAUCUUCCUCGUGCUGUUGAUCUUUGUGGGAUCGCAGUUUGCGCCAGAAAGUUCGGCGGCUACGGUGUCUACGGUGGAAGGGGCGGUGAUGGCCGCCAACAGGAUCGCCAAUGACUCUCUGAGCUCGCUUAAGAAUGCGUCUCUCGGUGGUGCUGGAGAACUGUUGGGGCAGGGGUCGAGGUUGAAAGAUGCUGGUGAUGAACUACGACAAAAGGGAGACGACGAACAAGACAUGGGUUUGCCUCGAGGUUCAGCAAAAGUGGUAGAAGAGGCGCCAAAUGGGGAGGCUUCAUCAACAUGGAUGUCUCCAGAAACGGAAACAGCUGAUAAACUGAGAGUGUUUGACGAGUUGUAA